AGUCCAGAGCGGGGGCAGCGGACGCCUGCGCGGAGAGGGCGUGGCCGUCCUGCCGCCCCGCCCCUGCCUGGCUGCGCCAGCGCAGUGGAGAAAGCGAGCAGAGGCAGCGCCUGCGCGGUCGUGGCCGAGGAGGCUGUGGCGGCAGCGGCGAUGGAACAAUCGGAGCAGCUGAGCGAGCUGGUGUCAGCCGAGGGCCGGAACCGGAAGGCGGUGCUGUGCCAGCGUUGCGGCUCCCGGGUGCUGCAGCCGGGGACUGCUCUCUUCUCCCGCCGACAGCUUUUCCUUCCCUCCAUGAGAAAGAAGCCGGCGCUGGCUGAUGGCAGCAAUCCCGAUGGUGAUCUCCUCCAGGAACACUGGCUGGUGAAUGACAUGUUCAUCUUUGAGAAUGUGGGCUUCACCAAGGACGUGGGCAACAUCAAGUUUCUGGUCUGUGCAGACUGUGAAAUUGGACCCAUUGGCUGGCAUUGCCUAGAUGACAAGAACAGUUUCUAUGUGGCCUUGGAACGGGUUUCCCACGAGUAACUGAGGGGAAGGGGAUUCGGCUCCACCCCCAGUAUAAAGCUACUCCCCACAAGAACUGGCAUUUAACCUGGUAUAACUGUUCUUCUGCCUUCAUCUCUGUGUUGAUAUAAAUAAUGAAUACCAACAUGUCCACCUUUCAUGCA